ACGAGUGACGACAGGGGACAGAAACUAAAAGUAAAAAAAAGGGAGGAUUUUGUACAACAACAAUCUACUAAUAAAUUGUUAUUCUUGGUGAAAAAGUAUAAAGCUUACUAGACAUGGCAGGGAUAUAUUAUUUCGUGAUCGUAGGUCACACUGAUAAACCUAUUUUCGAAAUGGAAUUCAUUCCUGUAACGAAAGAAGUUAAGAAAGAGGACAAUCGACACUUGAAUGAAUUCAUAGCUCAUGCAGCAUUAGAUCUAGUAAACGAACACAUGUGGAAAGGCACGAAUACAUAUUUGAAAUCUGUAGACAAAUUUAACCAAUGGUUUGUCUCAGCUUUUGUUACAGCUAGUCAGAUGAGAUUCAUAAUGGUGCAUGAAGCGAGAAACGAAGAUGGGAUCAAGAACUUUUUCACAGACGUAUAUGAAGCAUACAUAAAACUAAUGCUUAACCCAUUCUACAAAGAAGACACUGUGAUUAACUUCCCAGCAUUUGAGAAGAAGGUGCAAUUACUGGGAAAGAAGUACUUGACAUAGCCCAAGCUUGAUGUUUUCAAAGGAUUACUGAUGAACUAAUAGUGCAAGUGUCAGUGUUUUUUUAUAAUUGACUGAACACUAUAAUACAAGGUUUCAUAUAAGAUAAUUAAUGGUUAUAAAUAUGAUUGCUAUAAUGUAUUAUGGAUACAUUAGUUUAAGUGAUAUAAAUGUAAAUAUUCGGAAAAUAGUGCGAGCCUUAAUAUCUUUACCAUAUUAUAUUAAUGGAAAUAAAGAAAAUGUGGAUAUCAAUAAUCUUGAAUAAUAUAGAACUAAAAUACCUA